GGGAACAAGACAUAUUUGUUGUUAGGCGACAUCUUCAACGGGUAAGGAAGACGUCUCGAGGAGAACCUGGCUCAUUGCCACCAGUAACACUUCUCUGCGUGCACUAUGGCGGCCAAAUCGAAAUGUCCGAACCAACUGCAGGACUAUGCCAAAGGAAAGAAGAACUCCGACAAGCUGACCACCAGCGCUGGUUGCCCAGUGGACAGCAAGACGUCAACCAUGACCGUAGGUCCACGGGGACCUGUCCUGCUACAGGACCAAGUGUUUCUCGACGAUAUGGCUCACUUUGACCGAGAGCGCAUCCCGGAGCGUGUGGUGCACGCCAAGGGAGCUGGUGCUUUCGGUUACUUUGAGGUAACAGACGACAUCACGAAGUACUGCAAGGCCAAAAUCUUCGAACAAGUCGGCAAGCGUACGCCAAUGGCCGUGCGCUUCUCCACCGUGGGUGGUGAGUCCGGCAGUGCGGACACGGUACGUGAUCCGCGUGGCUUUGCCGUCAAGUUCUACACAGAGGAGGGCAACUGGGACCUUGUCGGCAACAACACACCGAUCUUCUUCAUCCGCGAUCCUAUCCUGUUUCCCAGCUUCAUUCACACGCAGAAGCGCAACCCACAGACCCAUUUGAAGGAUGCCGAUAUGUUCUGGGACUUUAUUUCACUCCGUCCGGAGACUACGCAUCAGGUUUCGUUCUUGUUCAGCGACCGGGGCAUUCCCAACGGGUAUCGGUUCAUGAACGGCUACGGCAGUCACACCUUCAAGCUAGUCAAUGCACGCAAUGAGCCAGUCUACUGCAAGUUCCACUACAAGACUGACCAGGGUAUUCAGAACUUGCCUGUUGACCAGGCCGGAAGCCUAGCCAGCUCUGAUCCGGACUACAGCAUUCGCGACCUGUUCGAGAGCAUUGCACAGGGAAAUUUCCCGUCUUGGACUAUGUACGUACAAGUCAUGACCUACGAGCAGGCAGAGAAGUGGAAGUGGAAUCCUUUCGACCUCACCAAGAUUUGGCCUCAUAAGGAAUUCCCGCUGAUCAAGGCCGGCCGCUUUGUUCUGAACCGCAACCCGAAGAACUACUUUGCAGAGGUGGAGCAGCUCGCUUUCUCGCCGGCCCACUUGGUACCUGGUAUCGAGCCCUCACCGGAUAAGAUGCUGCAGGGCCGUCUGUUCUCCUACACCGACACACACCGGCAUCGUCUCGGUGCUAACUAUCAGCAACUACCAGUCAACUGUCCAUUUGCCACGCGCCCGAGCAACUACCAGCGCGAUGGCCCCAUGGCAAUGGGUGACAACCAAGGUGGAGCACCCAACUACUAUCCAAACAGCUUCUCUGGGCCACGUGAUGAUCCCAAGUAUGCUGCAUGCCCGGAAAGGGUAUCGGGUGAUGUGAAGAAGUACAACACGGCAGAUGAUGACAACUUUACACAGGCGGGCCUUUUCUACCGUAGCGUACUGAACGAAGCCGAGAAACAGAGAUUAGUGGAGAACAUUGCCGGCCAUAUGAAGGACGCCAAGCCGUUUAUCCAGCAGCGAGCGGUAAGAAAUUUCGCUAUGGCUGAUCCCGACUACGGUGCACGUAUUUCCAGGCUUCUCGCCAAAUAUCAGUCGUCCAGCCGUCAACAGUCUCAGCUGUAAGCAGAACUGCUCCUCCGGGCUACCUACUAUCGUCUCGUCAACAACAGCCAGCCUGAAGAAGCCGUUGAUAGGUUCUUAUACGGGCAGCUCAUUCUCAUCAGCUGUGCCGCGCUGCUGCAGCUGUCACACGAUCCGUGAACUUAGUUUAGCCGUACCUGGCUACGGUCAAAGUAACUAUACUCACAAAUAUUUCGUUAGUAUUAAUUUUGCUCUACGAUUUGUUACUAUACUAUUUUACUGCUAUUACUUGCCUUUGCGUGUUGCUUCAUCAUCUCCCACUCUAUUCCCGUAUUCUCUACUACUCCCAAUGGCGAAGGCUCGUCAAAGACGACACAGCCCUUCUUUCCCCAAACGAGGGGCAGCUCUGCCGCCCAGCCUCUAUACAAGUGCUAGUACUAUUAGGUGGCUGUAGCCAUGUAGAUCUUCACAUUCUUUGUUCAGAACACCCUCAA